AUAUCCUUUUAGGUUUAAUGAAAAGAUUGAUCAAACAUCGAGCUUCAGAUUUGAAAGUUCUCAUCACUUCGGCGACUCUUGAUGGUUUGAAAGUGUCAAAUUUCUUAUCAGGAUGUCCUGUGUUGAACAUCCCUGGAGCUAUAUUCCCUGUGGAGAAGUUUUACAGCACAGACCGUCCAACAAAUUAUAUCGAAUCCUCUCUCAGAACAGCUAUAGAUAUCCAUGUUAAGGAAGCUCCUGGGGAUGUAUUAAUAUUUAUGACAGGAAAGGAUGACAUCGACAAGAUGGUGUCAAAAUUGGAGGAAAGAAUUCAAAAUCUCGAGGAAGGUUCUUGUAUGGAUGCUCUUGUUCUCCCACUCCAUGGUUCUUUGCCACCUGAACAGCAGGCAAUCAGUUAAUCUUCCAUUGCAUAUUUUCUUCUUUAAUUUUUUGCCCUAAAACUUUCCACAUAUCCAUCUCAUGGAUGUUAAGAUGCUCUCAGUUUUUAUUUCGAAAUCAUAGGGAUGCUUUUUCCCCAGCACAUAUGUAACUCCAAAUCACCCUUAAAAAGG